CAGCCAAUGGGCGUUGAGCAUCGCAGGCGAGGCGACGCAGUCGAACGCUCGGCGGAGGGAGGGCAGGACGGGCAGGCAUGGCCCUGAACGGCGGGGGAAACCCCUUCGAGGGGGAGACGGGGAAUCCCUUCCAGGACCCCGCCAUCGUACAGCACAGGCCGAUGUCGGAUUAUGCCACCUUGGAUGUCUACAACCCUUUUGACAACACAGCGCAGCUGCCCCCUCCCUACGAUGCCCCUCCUUCGGCUUCACCGGCCCCCCCUGCAGCACCGCCAGCUCCUGCCUUGCAGCCCGCCAAGAAGCCAAGCCCCACCGAGCCCAAGAACUACGGCUCCUACGGCACGCAGGAGUCGACUGCGGCCGCCGCGGCAGAACUGUUGAAACGGCAAGAGGAACUGAACCGCAAAGCUGAGGAGCUGGACCGGCGGGAGCGAGAACUGCAGAACGCUGCUCUGAGUGGCGGAGCAGCCCAUCAGAACAACUGGCCGCCGUUGCCUUCCUUCUGUCCCGUGAAGCCGUGUUUCUAUCAGGAUAUCCCUGUGGAGAUUCCCGUGGACUCCCAGAAGACGGUCACGACUAUGUACUACCUCUGGAUGGCCAGCAUUGUGACCCUCUUCUUCAACUUCCUGGCUUCCCUGGCCUUUUUCUGCGUGGAUUCUGCGGGCGGCUCAGGCUUUGGCCUCUCAAUCCUCUGGGCCUUGAUCUUCACGCCCUGCUCCUUCCUCUGCUGGUAUCGGCCCAUGUACAAGGCCUUCAGGAGUGACAGCUCUUUCAACUUCUUUGUCUUCUUCUUCAUUUUCUUUGCGCAAGAUGUGGUGUACGUUCUCCAGGCCAUUGGCAUCCCAGGCUGGGGGUUCAGUGGUUGGAUCGUCAGCCUCACAGCGCUGAAGCUGAACACUGGGGUGGCCAUUCUCAUGAUGUUGGUGGCCACACUCUUCACGGUCGUCGCCGGACUCGGCAUCAUCAUGCUGAAGCGGAUCCACUCUCUCUACCGCCGCACGGGCGCCAGCUUCCAGAAAGCCCAGGAGGAGUUUGCCGCCGGCGUCUUCUCCAACCAAGCGGUCCGCACGGCGGCCGCCAACGCAGCGACCGGGGCGGCGAGCAACGCUUUCCGGCCUUCGUAAAGGCGUGCGUGUGUGUGUGUGCGCACGCGCAUGUGUUAGAAAUCUGCCGCCGCUCUUCCUCUUCCGGCCCCUUCCCAACCGGGGUGGGGGCAGCUUUGACCGACAAGCCGAGUUGCACUUUCUCUCUGUCUCUCUCUCCCUCCCUCCAUCCUCGGAAGUCCUUCCUGUGUGUGCUGAUUUUAGAAGG